UACAUUUCCCACCACUCAGACAUGUCCCAUCCUCUUCACUGACUUUGAUUUAUUAGAUCGCAUCCUCACCUACCCACCAAGCAUAUGCGCUACACCACAUCAACUAGCUGAUUUGAACCUGAAGUUCCUGAACCAUGACCGAACCGCUCAAAAACGGCCUCGUCCUAGGCUACUCCUCGCCACGGCACCCCUUCUCAGAAGUGCCCCUCACAGACCGAUCGUCCGUACAGCAACUGCUCUGCACCCUGCUCGACCCGCUCGAGCCGUUCUUCUCCCCACUGAAAGCGCGCGUGCGGUGCCCGGGGGCCACGGCGGUGCGCUUCGACCAGACGGCGUCCGAAGUCGAGGGCAUCUGCCGUCCGCUGUGGGGGUUGGCCUGCUUGUUGGCGGGCGGCGGCAGCUACCGUGGCACGCAAUGGUGGAUCGAUGGCAUCCGCGCGGGCACGGAUCCCGAGGGGAGUGAGUUCUGGGGUUACCCGCGCGACAAUGAUCAGAGGAUGGUGGAGAUGUGCCCAUUGGGGUUUGCGUUGGCGGUCGCGCCGGGGAUUUGGGAGGGGUUGAACGAGAGGGAGAGGGGGAAUGUCGAGAGGUGGUUGGGGAAUUCGAUUAAUGAGAAGAAUAUGCCAAACACAAACUGGCUUUGGUUUCGCGUCUUUGCGAAUCUAGGCCUCAAAAAGAACGGGGCCAAGUUCUCGCAGGACAGGCUGGACGCUGACAUCAAGCACCUUGACACGUUUUAUCGCGGUGACGGCUGGUCAAAUGAUGGCCCGGAGGGAAUCCAUCAGAUGGACUAUUACUCGUCCAGUUUCGCCAUUCACUUCCUUCAGCUGCUCUACGCCAAGCUGGCUGGAGGAGAUGAGCCCGAGCGCGCCGCAGAGUUCAAGAAGCGCGCUCAGAUGGCGGCGCUGGACUUGGUGCACUACUACGAUGAAGACGGAAGAGCCAUUCCCUUUGGCCGCAGCGUCGGCUACCGCUUUGCCAUGGUGUCGUUCUGGGGUGCCCUUGCCUACGCCGACAUCGACCUGCCUGCGCCCCUGACCUGGGGCAUGGUCAAGGGCAUCGUCAUGCGCCAUCUGCGGUGGUGGCAGACACAGCACGACAUGUGGAGUCCGAGCGGCACUCUGACUAUUGGGUACUCGUACCCGAACAUGUAUAUGGCCGAGAACUACAACAGCCCGGGCAGCCCUUACUGGGCUUGCUUGGCUUUCAUCUGCCUCGCCGUCCCGGAAACACACCCGUUCUGGACCUCCAAGGAGGAAAACCACUGGGACGUGGUCCCCAAGAUUAAAGCCCUUAAGCAUCCAGGUCACAUCAUGAGCAACCUCGGCGGGCACUGCAUGCUCCUUUCAUCCGGCCAGGCAUGCUCGUACCCAAUGAAGGGCACGCACGCCAAGUACGGCGCCUUCGCCUACUCCUCCGCCUACGGCUACUCCGUCCCACCAGGUCUUUUCACUUUAGAACAGUACGCACUAGCUUCACAACUAGGCCUGUCAGACGACGGCGGGGAGUAUUGGAAGACCCGACGCCUAUCUGACUCCCGUCUCACGGCCACCCCAGACGGCACCUCAACCCCUCUACUCGUCUCCCUCUGGUCGCCCUUCGUCGACGUGCACAUCAAAACCUACCUCAUCCCUCCGUCCGAGUCCCACCCCAACUGGCACCUCCGCGCGCACCGCAUCCAUGCCGCAGGACGCAAAGUCCAGACUGCCGACGGGAGCUUCGCCAUCUGCAACGAGCGCGCAGCCGACGGCAGAUACCUCGACCCGUACGACCCUGCCAUUUGUGAGGGCACGUCGCCCAAACUCAUUGGUAACUAUGACCUGGCGACGCCCGAGGCGUGGGCGGCGGGCCGCGAGGGGGCGUUUGCUGUCUCGUUGAAGGCCGGGGCGGUGGGUAUCAAGGCGCUUGAAGACGGGGAGAGGACGGCCAUGUUGGUGAAUGCGGAUCCAAACUCCAACUUGAUCGAGAGUCGCACCACGAUUCCAACCCUGCAGGGCACCGUCGAAAAGGGUCAGACGGUUUGGUACGUCUCGGCUAUUUACGCGAAACCGAGUGGCAAGGGGGUGCGGAAGGAGGAGUAUUUGAGUGGCUGGGAUGAGCCGCCCGAGGUGCCGGGCUGGUUGAGGGAGGAGAUUGCAAGGGAUGGGAAGGGGAGUGAGUGAAAAUUGGGCUUGGGAACAUUUUGCUGUGGUUGAUCUGGCUUAGCAGUUGAACUAGCCUCGUAAGUUUGUAUGCAAUAUGACAUGACAAAGACGCCUUGUCGAAAAACAAAUGAUUUCCCCC